AUGCACCUCGCACAUAUCACCCUCCUCGGCGCCCUAGCGGCCCCAUCCUUAAGCGAAUCCUUCAGUCCCCUCAACCAUCUCGCCGGCAUCGCUCCCUACCACACUAUCAAUGAACCUCCGCUAGACCCCUCCCCUCCACAGGGGUGCAACGUAACAAAAGCCGCAUACCUGAUCCGGCACGCUGCCGUCUAUGCUAACGACUUUGAUUACGAAACCUACCUCGAGCCUUUCGUGAGGAAGCUGCGCAACACAACCCAGGACUGGUCGAAAACCUCCGACCUCAAGUUUCUCGUCAACUGGAGAGCUCCCGUGGACAAAGAGCAUCUCGAAAAGGUCACGCGCGUGGGAUACAGGGAAGCGGUGAAUUUGGGGGUGGAAUUCCGUACCCGCUAUGCUGGUCUCCGCCAUCCGAGGAAAGUGUGGUCCUCAUCUGCAGACAGGACGACCAAGACGGCCGACGGGUUUAUCAAAGGGUAUACGCUGAAUCAUACUGAGGGUAUGCAUCUAGUGGAAGUCGAGAAGGAUACGGGGGUUGACUCCCUCACACCUUACAAAAGCUGCCCCGCGUAUAGUGGGAGCUAUGGCAGUGAUCAGUCCCAGGAAUGGGUAGAAAAGUACACCGCGCCCAUCAAGGAAAGGCUCAACGCCCAAGCGCCCAACUUCAACUUCACAACGACCGAUAUAGUCAGCAUGUUUGAGUUUUGCGGCUACGAGACCGUUAUCCGGGGCGAUUCACCGUACUGUGACACGAAUCUCUUCUCCUCAGAUGAUUGGCUCUCAUUUGAGUACGGAGAGGAUAUCCGGUACUUCCAUAAUGUGGGGUACGGGAAAUAUGCGUCGCCCAGAAUCGGGUUCCCUUGGGUAAAUGCGAGCUAUCGUGCUCUAGCAUCCACCGCGGAUCAGGAUGUUUACGUCUCCUUCACGCACCGCGAACUACCCCCAACCAUCAUCACAGCCCUAGGUCUCUUCAACAACAGUGCCUUUUCAGGGGCAGAUGAUGUAAACCAGACGAUGCCCACAGAUACAAUCAACUACAGCCGUGCGUGGAAGAGCAGUUCCAUUCUGCCCUUUUUGGCAAACAUUGCGAUCGAGAAGAUGAGCUGCGAUAGUUAUGGAUAUGACGAGGGCGAUUAUUAUCGGGUGCUAGUGAACUCGGGCCCGCAGCCUUUGCAGGGAUGUCGCGGUGGACCCGGUGAUAGUUGUGGUGCGUCGAACUUCAACGCAUUUGUGGAAGGUUUGGGUGAAAGAUUCAAUGACUUUGUCGAUGCUUGUGGUGCGCCGAAGAGUACUAGUCAAACGGUAACUAUCUACAACUAA